AACUUACAAGAAACAUUAUCAUUGAAACUAAAGAUUUGUUUAAUUUAUUCCAAUCCUUUCAUAGUUACCGACAAUGCGUUUCGCCAUGGUUCUCGCAACGAUGGUCGGGCUGGCCGUUGCCGUGCCCAAGUCGCCUCUUUACAAGAGACAGUGCCCGACCCAACCCCAAGGCUGCUGUCUGAAAACCACAAAUUGCCAGACUUGUUAUGAACAAACUGUGCCUUUUCCAUGCAACUGUGAAUGCUUGGAAGUUGGAGGUUGCCCCUGCACUGGGAUUGACUAUGAUCUGGACCCCCCGCAGUGUGUCCUCUGGAGCGCUGGGCCUGGAGGACAUUGUUAAAUUCAUCACCAAUUCAUGGAGCAGCAAAGUGUUGGGGGGUGGGCUCAUUUAGGCGGAAUACACUGCUUGUGACUUCAAUGGGUUCGAAUCUGUGCCAACGCACUCGAUGACACGACAGGAGCACUUUCAGACUUCAAAGAGAGUUUAUGUCACAAACAAAGAUACACAGAGAAACUCAAUGUUGUUGGUCCAUGGAAUGUUGACAAGACCUUGUUCCUUGGCAUAAACCGUGCACGUGAUGUAGGCAGCUUCCCGUCCUUAAAUUGACUUCCUC